AUGGCUGCAGCUUUUCAUUUCCAAGUGCUUGCUUUUGUGUUACUAACUCAGACACCAUUGAUAUCUCCCUCUCCAACUUCUCCAUCACCACCACUGGUAUUAAACCCUGGUUCAUCUCUCUCAGUGGAGAACAAAAAUGACAUAUUGAUCUCACCUAACGGCCUUUAUACAGCCGGAUUUUACAGUAUUGGAGAGAAUGCAUAUUGUUUUUCAGUAUGGUUUACGAAACCACUCGCAGAUGGAAGUCAUACCAUUGUUUGGAUGGCUAAUCGAGAUGUACCUGUUAAUGGAAAACGUUCAAAGCUUUCCCUGCUAAAAAGUGGAAAUCUGGUUCUAAUAGAUGCAGAUCAACCGUUGCCAAUAUGGACCACAACUAUAAGAGAUUCAACAGAAUCUGCACAGUUGAAAAUGAAUAAUUCAGGAAAUCUUUAUCUUCAAAAUCAAGAUAAUCAAAUUAUUUGGCAAAGCUUUAGCUCUCCAACAGAUACCCUUCUUCCCGAUCAACAGCUAACAAAAGAUACACCACUUGUAUCUUCAAGAAGUUUAACAAACUACUCUUCGGGGUUCUACAAGCUCUUUUUUGACAACGAUAAUGUCAUUAGACUUGUGUAUAAUGGACCUAAAGUUGCAGGCGUUUAUUGGCCAUCUCCUGAGCUACGUGCAUGGGAAUCUGGAAGGUCCACUUAUGGUAGCCGAAGGAUAGCAACCCUUGAUUUCUCUGGUCGUUUCAUCUCAAGUGAUAGUCUUUUCUUCAAUACAUCGGAUGCUGGAAUUCAGCCAUUAAGAAGAUUGACUAUGGAUGUUGAUGGUAACUUCCGUGCCUACAGUCUCGAUGAGAUCAGAGGAGUUUGGCAAGUUACAUGGCAAGCUAUGUCUGAAAGUUGCAGAAUUCAUGGAAGUUGUGGAGAAAAUAGUACAUGUUCUAACAAUCCUACACAUGGUAGGAAGUGCUCCUGUUUACCAAAUCACAAAAUGAUCAAUCACACAGAUUGUUCAUAUGGUUGUGAACCAGAAUUCAAGCCAACAUUAUGCAGCAAUGGUGAGGAUAAUUUCCUAGAACUUCCUCAUACCGAUUUUUAUGGCUAUGAUGCUAAAUACAUGCCGAAUAUAACACUAGAUGGGUGUAAGCAACAAUGCUUAAACAUCUGCAAUUGCAAAGGGUUCCAGUUCAAGUACGAUAAAACCAAAGCCAUUUUUCUUUGUUACGCAAAGUUUAAGUUGGUGAAUGGAUUCUCUUCAGUGAAUUUUAAUGGUUCCAUGUAUCUGAAGCUACCAAAAACUCUACCACUAUCUUCAUUUAACAAUAACGUUGUUCAGCGAUUCAGCUUAAACUGCAGUGAGAAACCUACAAUCCAACUUCCGAGAGCUUAUGAUAAGAACCCAAAUGAAGAUUCCAUCAAAUCCCUGAGGAUAUUUACAUAUGUAUUUGGUGCACUGGAGAUCAUAUGCAUUAUGUACUUCUUUUAUAAAACCCGAAAUCCAUACAACAAAUCACAAGGUAGUAGCCAAGGAUGUGAUCUAAGUGGGCAAUCUGAGAGAAAGCUUGCGAGCUGGGUGAAGGAAAAGAUAAUAGCAGCUGGUGGAAAGAAUGACUGGAUUGCAGAAGUUGUAGAUCCUAAUGUCAAUGGCGAAUACAACAUGCGUAGAAUGGAAAUUAUGAUUAUGCUAGCGUUACAGUGUUCAGAGGAAGAUGAAGAUGCAAGACCAACUAUGAGCCAGGUUGUGGAUUUGCUGCUACAUGUUAAGGAAGAUGAUUAA